AAAUUUGCUAAUUAUCGACAUAUAACAUUCCUCUUUCAAUACAUGAACAAAUGAUAUAAAAACUAUUGUAUUUUAUAUAUUAAAACCAUGGCUAUAACUACUUUGAAUGAAGCUACGGCUGAUCAUUCAUCACCUCAUGCUUCCAAAACAAAAAUCAUCUUUAUAAUAUUUAUGUUUUUGUUAUCUUUGAUAUCAUUCGUAACUCAAACAGAAUUCACAUCACAAGCUUAUCAACUAGGGUUUAGUGAACCUAUCAUACUAUUAUUGGUCACCCAUGGUUCAUGGUGGAUAUUAUGGCCUUUACAAGCCCUUACAGUUUCAUUAAUAAGAACCAUAAGUAAAUAUCGAGAUCAAAAUAGAAAUGGAACUCAUUUGGGGAAUUCCGGUUAUCAAAGAUUGAAUGUUAAUUCCCAAUUAUUAGAAGAAAAUUUAUCCACAAGAAAACAAGUCAAUUUAUUUGAAUAUUUCAAAAAGGCUUUAGUUAAACAGUUCCAUAAUGUUUAUCAUACAGCUAUUCUUGUUUAUGAAGGUAAUGUAAAUCAUGAUGAAAGAACGGAAAAUUUAGAUCAAUUAAUUGCCCAAAAUCCUCAUGUUUCAACCUCUGAUUCAUUUAUUAAAUGUAUUGAUUCAUUCUUUAAAACUCCAGCUAUUAAAUACAUUGUCUUCAAAGCAUUUCUCGUAACUUUGGUCCUUACUAUUGCUGGUUCAACUUGGUAUGGAGCCAUGUCUAUGACUUAUGCAGCUGAUGUAACUGCCAUUUAUAAUUGUUCAGCAUUCACGGCUUAUGCGUUUGCUAUCCCCUUAUUACAUGAAAAGUUUUCCUGGUUGAAAGCAAGUUCAGUAAUCAUAGCAGUAGCGGGUGUUUUCAUUGUCGCUUAUUCAGGUUCAACUGAUGAUCAACCAGAUGAAUCUCAAUAUCCUUAUCGAUUCUGGGGUAAUUUGAUUAUAUUGAUAGGAGCAGUCUUAUAUGGUUAUUAUGAAGUUCUUUAUAAGAAAUAUCUUUGUAUUCCUCAUCAUUUAGCUAAAAUCAUAACUCCACGUCGUCAACUGACAUUUGCAAAUUUUGUAAUGGGAUUCUUUGGAUUCUUUACAAGUUUAAUCGUUAUUACAUUAGUUUUAUUUCUUGAAUUAUUUCAAAUUCAUCAAUUUAAUUUCUUCAAUUAUGGUCCAAAGACAGGUAAAAUAUGGGGUUAUAUCGUUGGAUCAAUAUUUUCAAAUUUAAUCUUUAGUGCUUCAUUCCUUACAUUAAUGGCAUUAACUAGUCCAGUUUUAUCAUCAGUAAGUUCAUUAUUAACCAUUUUCCUUAUUGGAAUAGUGGAAUGGAUUUUAUUUAAUAAUAAAUUAGAUGCUCAACAAUUAUUAGGGGAUUUAUUGGUGGUGAUUGGAUUUGUGGUAUUAACCGUAGCAUCUUGGAGAGAAAUUAGUGAAGGUAAUGAGGAAGAUGAUGUGGAAGCAGUUAGUACUUAUUCAUUCGCUGUCAGCACUGAAGAACAAUCUUAAAUGAGUCUUCUACUCUUUUGUAAACUAUACUAUUUAGCAUAAAUAUUCACUUAUUCAUAUACACAAAUAUAUAUAUAUAUUAUAACGGCAAAAAAUGUGCU